GUCAGGGACGGCUGGACUCGCUGGGGCACAGUGAGCACCAGCAUCAAAAGACCAAGCGCUCAGGCGGAACCGCGGGAACGCAGGGCAGCGCCUUUCCCGCAGUUCGGGACCCUUCCUCCGCCUCCACCAGCUCGGCUCCCGCAUCCGGAACGUUUGCAGGGUGGUGCCCGCUUCCGCUGAGGGGCUGACAAAAACGGACCACUUCCGGCGAGCAGGCGGGCCGGAAAGAGAAGGGCUGCUUCCGGCGCGGCGGUUCCGGCCCGGCCCGGCCCGGCAAUUUUAGGCGAUGGCUCGAGUGCCGGCGGAGGGAGAGGCUUCGCCGAGCCCUCCGGCCGUGACCCCGCGGCCGCCUCUGCCCGGCGCCGCCGGUGUCUCCUGCCUCGCGUCCGGCCAGACCCCUCGGGCUCCUUAAACGGCGUGGCCCUUGAAGUCCUUCUGUGGCCGCCGCACCUCUCUGGCCCCUCUGCCUCCUCGCCCCGAGGCCCCGGGAGGGACUGUGGGGACUACUUCGCAUCCUUGCAGGGACCGACUGAUUGAAGGUCCAGUAGCCGCCGGGAUCUGUUGGGGGCUGGAGCGGGCACUGACCAGAUAGGGGCUCCCCACAAGUCCGUGUCUCCUUCUGACUGAGGAGUGGCGAACGGUCCUGAACUGGCUCCCCAAGACCCACCGGCCCAGGAGUAAGCAGUUUGGGGGGACCCAAGCAGGGUGGCGGGUCUGAACUGACAGGCCCCUCCAGGCUGACCUGACCAGCCCACUUCACUGACCUCCUGUCCCCACCACCCGGGGAAGCCAUGGAGAAGAUGUCCCGAGUGACCACGGCCCUGGGUGGCAGCGCGCUGACGGGCCGCACCAUGCACUGCCACCUGGACGCGCCAGCCAAUGCCAUCAGUGUGUGCCGUGAUGCCGCCCAGGUGGUCGUGGCGGGCCGCAGCAUCUUCAAGAUCUACGCCAUCGAGGACGAGCAGUUUGUGGAGAAGCUGAACCUACGUGUGGGCCGCAAGCCCUCGCUCAACCUGAGCUGUGCCGACGUGGUCUGGCACCAGAUGGAUGAGAACCUGCUGGCCACGGCGGCCACCAACGGCGUGGUGGUCACGUGGAACCUGGGACGGCCGGCCCGCAACAAGCAGGACCAGCUGUUCACGGAGCACAAGCGCACCGUAAACAAAGUCUGCUUCCACCCCACCGAAGCCCACGUGCUGCUCAGCGGCUCCCAGGACGGCUUCAUGAAGUGCUUUGACCUCCGCAGGAAGGACUCCGUCAGCACCUUCUCUGGCCAGUCUGAGAGCGUGCGGGAUGUCCAGUUCAGCAUCCGAGACUAUUUCACCUUCGCCUCCACCUUUGAGAACGGCAACGUGCAGCUGUGGGACAUUCGGCGGCCUGACCGCUGUGAGAGGAUGUUCACGGCCCACAACGGGCCCGUUUUCUGCUGCGACUGGCACCCUGAGGACAGGGGCUGGCUGGCCACAGGCGGGCGCGACAAGAUGGUGAAGGUCUGGGACGUGAGCACGCACCGCGCCAAGGAGGUGCACUGCGUGCAGACCAUCGCCUCGGUGGCGCGCGUCAAGUGGCGGCCCGAGUGCCGCCACCACCUGGCCACCUGCUCCAUGAUGGUGGACCAUAACAUCUACGUGUGGGACGUGCGCCGGCCCUUCGUCCCGGCCGCCAUGUUCGCGGAGCACCGCGACGCCACAACGGGCAUCGCCUGGCGCCACCCGCACGACCCCUCCUUCCUGCUCUCCGGCUCCAAGGACAGCACGCUGUGCCAGCACCUGUUCCGCGACGCCAGCCAGCCUGUCGAGCGCGCCAACCCCGAGGGCCUCUGCUACGGCCUCUUUGGGGACCUGGCCUUUGCCGCCAAGGAGAGCCUGGUGGCCGCGGAGCCCGGGCGAAAGCCCUGCGCCGGCGACCGGCGCCACCCCAUCUUCUUCAAGCGCAAGCCGGACCCCGCGGAGCCCUUCGUGGGCCUGGCCUCCAGCGCCCUGAGCGUCUUUGAGAUGGAGCCGGGCAGCGGCAGCAUGAGCUGGUUCGCCGACACGGCCGAGCGGUACGCCCUCGCCGGCCGGCCCCUGGCCGAGCUCUGCGACCACAACGCCAGAGUGGCUCGGGACCUUGGCCGGAACCAGGUGGCACAGACCUGGACCAUGCUGCGGAUCAUCUACUGUAGCCCUGGCCUGGCGCCUGCCACCAGCCUCAACCACAGCGUGGGCAAGGGCAGCUCUUGUGGCUUGCCACUCAUGAACAGUUUCAACCUGAAGGAUAUGGCCCCAGGGUUGGGCAGCGAGACCAGGCUGGACCGUAGCAAGGGUGACACACGGAGUGACACGGUGCUGCUGGACUCCUCAGCCACACUCAUCACCAAUGAGGAUAACGAAGAGACGGAGGGCAGCGAUGUGCCCGCAGACUACCUGCUGGGCGACGUGGAGGGCGAGGACGACGAGCUGUACCUACUGGAUGCGGAGCACGCACAUCAGGAGGAGCCUGAGUAUGUGCUGCCCCAGGAGGCCUUCCCGCUGCGCCACGAGAUUGUGGACACUCCACCUGGCCCUGAGCACCUGCAGGACAAGGCCGACUCACCCCACGUGAGCGGCAGCGAGGCCGACGCGGCUUCCUUAGCCCCCAUGGACUCGUCCUUCUCACUCCUCUCUGUGUCCCACGCACUCUACGACAGCCGGCUGCCGCCUGACUUCUUCAGCGCCCUGGUGUGUGACAUGCUCCGCUUCUACGCCGAGCAGGGUGACGUGCAGAUGGCCGUGUCUGUGCUCAUUGUGCUGGGUGAGCGUGUGCGAAAGGACAUCGAUGAGCAGACCCAGGAGCACUGGUACACGUCCUACAUCGACCUGCUGCAGCGCUUCUGCCUCUGGAACGUGUCCAACCAGGUGGUCAAGCUCAGCACCAGCCGCGCCAUCAGCUGCCUCAACCAGGCCUCCACCACCCUGCACGUCAACUGCAGCCACUGCAAGCGGCCCAUGAGCAGCCGCGGCUGGGUCUGUGACCGGUGCCACCGCUGCGCCAGCAUGUGUGCCGUCUGCCACCACGUGGUCAAGGGUCUGUUCGUGUGGUGCCAGGGCUGCAGUCACGGCGGCCACCUGCAGCACAUCAUGAAGUGGCUGGAGGGCAGCUCCCACUGCCCCGCAGGCUGCGGCCACUUGUGCGAGUACUCGUGACCCGCCUGCGCGGGGCGGGGGCGGCGGGGCGUGCGAACCAAAUAAAGGAAGCGGGAGCCGCAGUCUGAGGCUGCCUGUCA